AUGAUGCGGAAACAGGCAGAGAAGGACUAUAGGUCUGAGACGCCUGCAGAUGAGGUGGAUUUCAAGAAAAAUCUACGGCAGCGAGCGGUUGAUGCAGCCAAUGAUAAGAGGUUCUUCCAGAAUGCCAGCGUCAGAAAGUUCAAUAGCGACCUCUUAAAAGAAAAAAUAAGAAAGGACAAUGCAGCCAUGGCUGCAUCUAAGAGAGAGACAGAGAGGAAGGCUGACCAACAGAGAAGGGAGAAGGAAGAAGAGAUGCGUCAGAAAUGUAUUGAUGCUCAGAGAAAAGAAGAGGACGAAAGUCGUAAGAGACGCCGUGAUAAGCUGGCUCUGAAAGACGAGCUUGUUAAGAAGACCAACGAGAAGAAGCUGUCGAGAGAAAAGGAGAGACAGCAGGAGAAGGUAGAAAGAGACCAACUCAGGGCCCUCGAUGAACAGCAUCAACAGGAGCUUAGACAUGAGGAACGAAAAGAACUGGAGGCAAAGGACAAAAAAGCAAAACUUCACAAAGAGGAAAUCUAUAGAAAAAACUGCCUAAGACAAAAGGAAAUUGAAAAACUGAACAUGAAGGAGAAGGAAACUAAACGUGUUCAGACUGACAGAGAGGAAGUGCUGCAGCAGAGAAAACAGAAGAAGUCAGAACAAUUCAAUAAGAGGCAGAUUCCUAAGGAUAUAGUUAUAGAAAAACUGGCAGAUGCUAAAAAACAGCAGGCUGCUGAGAAAAUCCAGAGAGAGAAGGUGAAGUUGUCCAAGGAUGUGGCCGAGGCAGAAGCUAAAGUGAUAAAACGGCAGAAGGACGUGAACGAGAAGAGGGCUGCGGCUCUGAAGAGCAUUGCCACUCAGAGAGUGGAAAAACAUCAUGAAAAUGAACAGAAGGAGAGAGAGGAGAAAGAGGGCAGCCUGGACUUGUUAAAUCAAAUGAAACAGUGUGACAGGUUGUCUGAGGAGCAAAAUAAACUAGAAGUUUAUUUUAAAAGACAAAACAACAUUAAGCAUAAAGUGGCUUUAAUAUCCGCUGCUGCUGAAAAGCAAGCCCUCCUUCAACAGGAGAUAAGAGAGGAAAUACAUGCUGCCAGAGAAAUGGAGAAACAGAUUGCUGAGGGAGAGAAAGCCAUCCAGCAAUACAUGCAGCAGGUGGGCGAGCAUCUUCCAGCAGCAGAACGGCAUCAGUGUCCUUUUAAAUAG